UCUACGAUAAGAAUUUGUCCCGCGACGGAGUGAGUUGGGAGGAAACAGCCGAGUGGAUUCGCACAGGAUCGCAACGCCUUCGCAAGAUGGUGGCUCAGUAUGUGACGGAUUUUCAAGGCUGUGAUCCGCGGUUGACGACGCAUUAUCGUGGCUGUAAGUGGACGGUGGACAGUCUGAACGAUCUGGAUGUCUCCAAGCUGACCACCAUCACGCUUCGGUCGUUGAAACAAGUUCCUAGAAAUCUGGAAUAUUUGGCUGAAACGGACAGCUUUGAAGAUGACGAUGACAUCCAGCAGGAGGAUGACACCGAAGACGAUGAAGACACGGAACAUGAUGAAGACACGGAACAUGAUGAAGACGUCGAACAUGAUGAAGAUGUCGAAAAUGCUGAAGACGAGCAAGUCAGCGAGUGAUUCUGCUUCGAUGCAGCAGGAACGCAGGAACAAUUUAUUGCGCAUUGCCAUAAUCUUCUUAAGGUUUAACUAAGUAAUAAGUCCUACAUCUUUUGCGCCAGGCAAGCUGCUG